GCCUGCGCGUGUGCGUGCGUGCGUGUGCGCGUGCGUGUGCGUGCCACCAUCUCCCAGUCUCGUUCAUUACGGCCUGUUUUGCAGCGAGUGUAUAUUCAGAGGAGAUGAGCGGCAGGGUUGGAGAUCUGAGCCCGAAGCAGGCCGAGGCUUUGGCGCAGUUUCGUGAGAGGAUCCAAGAUGUUCUGCCACAGUGUCCGUCACAAAGCGACCACUUCCUAUUGCGCUGGCUUCGAGCUAGAAAUUUCAACCUGCAAAAAGCUGAAGCGAUGCUACGCAAGCAUUUGGAGUUUCGAAAACAGAUGAAGGCUGACACUAUCGCCAAUGACUGGAAGCCUCCUGAGGUUUUAGAGAAGUAUCUCUCAGGAGGAAUGUGUGGUUACGACCGAGAGGGCAGCCCUGUGUGGUAUGACGUUAUCGGCCCGGUGGAUCCCAAAGGUCUUCUUCUAUCUGCCUCCAAGCAGGACUUCAUCAAGACCAAAGUCCGAGAUUGUGAGAUGCUGCAGAAGGAAUGCAACUCACAGAGCGAAAGGUUGGGUAAAAAUGUGGAAUCCAUCACUAUGAUCUAUGAUUGUGAAGGUUUGGGCUUGAAACAUCUAUGGAAGCCUGCUGUAGAGACAUAUGGAGAGGUUUUGACCAUGUUUGAAGACAACUAUCCUGAAGGACUCAAGAGAUUAUUAGUUAUUAAAGCACCCAAGCUGUUUCCUGUGGCUUUUAAUCUGGUGAAGCACUUUCUGAGUGAAGACACUCGACGCAAGAUCAUGGUCCUGGGGUCUAACUGGCAGGAGGUCUUAAAGAAACAUAUCGAUCCUGAGGAACUCCCAGCCAUCUACGGUGGAAAACUGACUGAUCCUGAUGGUGACCCGCACUGCAGGACUAGGAUUAAUCAGGGUGGACUGGUGCCCAUAACCUACUACGCACGGGAUUUUAUAAAGCAGCAGUAUGAACACUGUGUGUCCAUCAGCCGUGGAUCUUCCCAUCAGCUCGAGUAUGAGAUCCUCGCUCCAGGAUGUGUGCUUAGGUGGCAGUUCUCCUGUGAUGGUGGGGAUGUAGGCUUUGGGGUUUUCAUGAAGAAGAAACGGGGUGAAUGGAUGAAAGCAGGCCAGAUGCAGGAGGUCAUGGCCAGUCAGCGAUACAAUGCACACCUCGUACCUGAAGACGGGUCUCUCACCUGCGCUGCACCUGGAGUGUACGUGCUACGAUUUGACAACACUUACAGCAUCUUCCAGUCCAAAAAAGUUGGCUUCUCUGUGGAAGUCCUAUUGCCCAGCAACGACAGCCAAUCACAGCCGGAGACGAGCAGGACGCUGGGACAGGAUGUCCAGAAUGGCCAGUAGGGUGUGAAUCUCUAGCUGCCUUUAGAGACUGACCAGCAGAGCGAACCAGUACUUAAAAUGUCACAGUAUUUUCCAAACCAAGUUUUGGAUCUGCAAUUAAUUCAAUUACUUGCCUGUUUCAUGUUGAAGAAUUGACGUCAUUUCCUUAAGAACCACAUCAAAUUAAAUAGCAGCACAAAGCAGAAUUUGAAUCAUGUCAAGUUUGAGGUUGCAUGUAAUAUGUUUUUGAACUGAAGUUUUUUGUACAGCUAUGCUAAAGAAAACAUCUCUCUGAAAAUAGUUGCUUGCUUUAAGGCUUCAUGUAAGAACUGGGUAACUGAAGAAUUACACACAUACAGUAUGUAUGGAAAUUCAAGCACGUAGUGUUAUUAGUUAUGGAUAGUAUGAGUAUGACAGAUGACACAGUACUGGGCAAAUGUCUGUGGCACACUUGUACACACUAGUAAAUCAUACCAACUUAUUUCCUUAUAAAAAUGACACAAAUUGUACCUGACUAAUAAUUUUUUUUUUUUUAAGCAAAGGGUUAUUUGAUUAACUCUUGUCAAUGUUUAAUUAUUGCUGUGUAGUCUACGUUAUAGUAUUUUAAUUUUUCUGUCCCAUAAUUCAAAAGACAGCUGAUGAAAGUAAAGAUUUUAUUUAAAGGGGGAAAAAAAACAACAGAUCACACAAAACAAAACCAUGAAGCAAGAAAGGCUUAGGAAAAGACGACACCUACACAAGACAAAGACAAAAAAAAGCUUGACCCAGAACAGGUGUAAGUGCCCAGUGACGUGUGAAGACCAUGUUACUUGCAGUGAACGAUAGGUGAAGUGUUUACAUUCAACAAACGUUUUAAUUUCAUUAUUUCAGCAGGUCUCACUACUUUAAAGCCCUUGUUUGCAGACUUUUGCACAGUACUGUAAAUAUCUUGUAUAUUCUUUGUUAGAGAUGAUUAUCAUACAGUAUUCUGUUGUAUUUCUGUUUACAUAGUGUGCUAGGGGUGGAUGAUUAUUUAUCGUCCACACAGAUUGUUAAACAAAAUCAUUUCUCUUUAGAAAGUUGUUUUUUAGGGGCAAUGUGCAUGGGGUAGUUUACAGGCCCAGUCCAACUAGUGACAGGUUUUGGGAUGGGAGUAUAAUUUCUUAAGGAUUAUUAUUAUUAUCUUAAAAUAUCAUAUCAGUAUAGCAAUUAGAGAACACAAUAUAUAAUGACACUUUUUUGCUCUUUUUUUUAAUCAUCGUUUUACAUCUGAAGACGAUUCGUUCAUCGAACAGUGCACUGCUGAACUCUAAUUUUUAAUCUCUUCAAAAUGAAAGCUAAUGACUGAUAUACAAGAAACACAUAACGCAUUGUAAAUAUGUAUGUCUUUACUAAUUAAACAAUACUUUAUCCAAGCUUUAUUGAUACCGUAUGCGCAUAUACAGUGUACAUAGUUGAGUGCAGCGGUUUGCAUUCCUGUACGGCACAAUGAAUCAAUGCAAUGUUAUUUACAGCAAAGCAUUAAGUCAGAGAGGUUUUAAAGAGUUUCUUUAAACGUUAUAAACUUAUAAGCGAUAAACAUAUAGACACUAAACUUAUCAAAUAUUUUAUUACAUCUUUACUUAAUUUCUGUAAAGCUUGGGAAAAUGUCCAUUGUUAAAAGCGCAAUAGAAACAAAGCUGAAUUGAAUUGAAUUUACAACAGAUAACAAAUGACAUUACAUCAUAAAUAUUAGCUAAUUAGUUUGUGUACUUAAUUUACUUAAUCGUUUUUUUUACUUAAUUAAAAAUUGUUUCAAAUUUGUCUUUUGUUUAAUUUUUUAUAUUUAUUGGCCUGAUUCCUGAACAGUGCCAUUUAAUUGUUUUCCUCGUUUUUGAGAAUGAUAAAAAAUCAGUUCUUAUUCCUUUUUUUUAAUAUAGAAACAGUGAUAAAAACUUUUGCACUUAGAUGUUUAACAAAAAACAAAAAAAAACUCUAUUAGCAUACUUAAUAUUUACAAGUAAUUUAUUGUAAUUUUCUCUGUAUAUGGCUGCUCAAGUUGGUAAUUAAAUUAUUUGUAGAACUGAUUUAUGAGCUCAGGUGUUGGUCUUGUCAUUAUAUGUGUAUAAUAAGAACAUUUAUUUUUAAAUGAGUGAGUGCUUGAGUAAUGGGACCAGUAACAUUAGAUCAGUGCCUUUUCUGUGUAAAACUGUAAUUUGUCCACUGUGUGUGUAUUUCAUUGAUGUGUACUUAUGAAAUGCCUUAAUAGUAUUUGAGUUAUCAGCUAAUUAAACUGAUAUGUCAGUAA